AUGACCGAAACACACCCUGAUGAUCUCCACCACCACCACGGCGUGGCCCGCCCUCCGCUCCAACCGCCAACCUCACCUCGCUCCUUCAACCCGCUAAUGAAUACCUUCAACUACAUCGCCGAACCCGUCUCCUACAGCAUUUCUAGCAUAGUCCGUCGGCUCUCCGAAGACGAAGCCCCCACCGCGCUCGCUCGCGCCCUCAGCGCCAAUUUCAACGGCUCCAUGACCGAUCCUACGACAGGUGUAUACCAGCCUGCCAACUUCGACAUGAAACGUCGGAUAUCACCCUUCCAACCUCCGCCUCUGACACCAUUGACACUGAAAGGCUACAAGGAAGGCACAAGAGGGAGGUCGAGGUUACUCAGCAAAGCCGUAGCAGAGGAGAUCAGAUUGUUGAUCCCGCCGAGGCUCCAGCUAAUGGACACCUGGACCCUGACCUACUCCCUCGAACAAGACGGCACUACCCUCAGCACCCUCUACAACCUCUCCGACAUUCACAGGGGUAAACGUGGCGGUUUCGUCCUCGUAGUCCGCGACGCAGGCGGAGGCAUCUUUGGCGCAUACCUAACCGACCCCCCAAAACCACAAGCACACUACUACGGCUCCGGAGAAUGUUUUCUCUGGCGAGCCUUUCGUUUACCAGCCUUACCGGACCUAUCCAGUCUGCCCCCUCCGCCAAGCGCAGAUACCACGCACCUCCAACGCAUGACAACCCUCGGGCUGUCCAAACAGAGCUCAAGCGCCAGCCUCGCCUCUCUGAAUGUUCCUGCGACGGAUGGACUACCGGCCAAGAAACUCAACGGUACGAACCAUCGGAGCAAUGGGAACGGCAGUGCGACACCGGAGAGAAUACGUUUCAAAGCUUUCCCGUACACGGGCGAGAACGAAUUUUGCAUUUUUUGCCAGCCGGACUAUCUGAGCGUUGGAGGUGGAGAUGGACAUUAUGGGCUUUGGCUGGACGAUAGGCUGAACAAGGGCGUUAGUGACACGUGCCCGACUUUUGGGAACGAGCCGUUGAGUGAGGAGGGGACGAAAUUUGAUGUUCUGGGUGUUGAAGUCUGGUAUAUUGGGUCGUGA